UUUUAAUUUCUUAUAAUGUUAAGGUCAAGGUCAAGAAGUCCCGCCCGCCGUUCCCGUCACGAUUCAGGCGAUCUUAUUCACACUGUGAGAGAGGAGCGGCGAAAACGAGAACGCCGAAGUCGUCGAUCCAGAUCCAGAUCUCGUUCUCGUUCUCCUCGAUCUAGGCGUGGACGCUCCAGGUCUAAGAAGAGGCACAGUAACUCUAAAAGCUCGAGCAGAAGUAGGAGUAACAGUAGAGCCAGUGGAGAUGACAAGGAGAAGAAUAAGAAGGAGAAGAGUAAAGAUACAAGUGAGAAGAAGGAGAACGGAGGAAACGAAGAGGGCAAGGCGAAUGGGGAAGGUGAGGAUGGGGAGAAGGGAGAGAAGAAGAAGGAGGAGAAGGAAGAGGAUUGGUCCGAGAUAGAUAGACAGAUAGAGGAGGAGGAUAAGGCAAAAACCAAGUUGGGUAUUGGAAAGUUCAUGGCGAAGAUAUCCAACCUGAUUCCUGCUGCUUCGGAGAAACCCGAAGAUCAGGAGGAGGAGAAGGAGAAACCUAUUGUUGUUGGAGGGUACUUUGCUAGAGUUAUCCCUGAAGAAGAACUAGAGAAGUAUAGAUCCAAGUCCAGGUCCAAAUCCAGAAAACGAUCAAGAUCAAGGAAACGGUCACGCUCCCGACGCCGUUCCCGAUCUCGUCGUCGAUCACGACGAUCUUUGUCCAGGAAAAGAUCACGGCGAUCAAGAUCCCGCAAACGAUCAACUUCUAGAAGACGACGAUCAAAGGAUCGCAAAAAGUCUAGAUCAAAGGAGCGGAGGAGAUCUCGUUCUCGCAAGAGAUCACGUUCAAAGGUUCGUAAAGAUCGAUCUCGCUCAAGAUCAAAAGAUCGCAAGCGUUCAAAGUCAGUGCAGAAGAAAGCAGACGGAGAAGUUAGCAAAGAUGGAGAAGUAAGCAAAGGCGGAGAAGUAGGCAAAGACAAGGAAGGAAGCAAAGACAGGGAUGGAAGCAAAGACAGGGAUGGAAGCAAAGACAGGGAAGGAAGCAAAGACAAGGAAGGAAGCAAAGACGAAGAAGGAAUCAAGAAUGGAGAUGAAAAAGAGAAUGCAAAUGUUGUUAAGGAAAAAGAAAAUGAGGAAAACACAGACAAGAAGGAUAAAAAGAGGGAUCAUUCUACAUCUAAAUCAAAGUCGAGAUCUAAGUCGAGAUCAAGGUCUAGGAAAAGAUCUAAGUCAAGGAAGAGGUCGAAGUCAAGGAGGAAAUCUAGGUCCAGGUCUCGUUCUCGAAAAAGAUCUCGGUCUCGGAAACGAUCAAGAUCCCGUCGAAAAAGCAGAUCCAGGUCUAGGCGUAGGUCGGUAUCAAGGCACAGGAGAAGGAGAAGCAGAAGUAGAUCUAGACGAAGGCCUGUUCGAAAGUUCAACGUUUCACCUAUUCGAGGCCCCAUUCGUCGCCGAUCUAGGUCGAAAGAUCGUCGACGAUCCCCAUCAAGGCAACGGUCUGUCUCUGGACGACGAAAGAAGAUUUCUAGAUCAAGAUCAAGGCCUGUUAAAAAACGUCGCGGUAAAUCUAGCUCUGAUUCAGAUUCGUCAGUUGAACGUCGGAAAGCAAAAUCAGAAAAAAAAACGAAGAAAGAAGAGAGAAAGAAGAAGAGGAAGGAUUCUGACAGCGAACCUGAUAAAAAGAAAGACGACAGCAGUUCCAGUUCAGAGGAAGAUGAAAGGAAAGUUGUGAAAGGCAGGAAAGCGGCCCGAAAUAGCAGCUCUGAGAAAGAAAGUAAGAAAUCUAAGAAGAGUGACAGCAGCAAAGAUAAAAAGAAAGCUCGUGAUAGCUCCGAAGAAAAAGAAGUCAAGAAAGAACGGAAAACUGAUAAGAAAAAACGAGAAAGUAGCGAAUCACAGGAGAGGAGUGCUAGAAAGAAGAAGGAUGAGAAGAGAAAGAGGGAUGUAAGUGUAGAAGAUAAAAAAGAUUUGAAAAGUGAAUCUAGGAAAGCUGGUGCAGGUAAAUGGAAGCAUGAUAAAUUCAAAGAUGAAAGCAGCGAUGAUGAGGCGGAUAAAAUAAAACUUGAAAAACUAGAGAAACUUCGCAAACUUCGUAGAAAAGAGGAAGAGUUGAAGGAAGAAGAGCGAAAGAUCAAAGAAGAAGAAAAAAAAUUGAAGGAAAUGAAACAGAAAACCGUUAAAGAAUCCGCAAAAAAGAAAGGAGAUUCCUCUGACUCGAGCAGUGAUGAGAAUUCGUCUGAUGAAUCGUCAAGCGACGAUGAGAAGAAGAGCGGGAAGAAAACCCGAACUAAAUCGGGUUCUUCUAUGAGUGAGACAGAAGAAGAGAAACUUCGUCUAAAGGCACUCCGUAGUCUAGUAAACAAAACCUUGAAGGAAAGUGACUCUCCGAAGAAAAAAAUGAAAAUGGACCUGAACGACAUUCUGGAAACUGUAAAAGAAGCAACAAGGAAGGAACAGAAGAAGGUUAAGAAACCUGAUGAGAAGAAGAAGAAACCAGAAUCUUUGAGUGAAAAGAAGAAAAAGAAGAAGGAAACCAGUUCUUCUGAUUCUUCUUCCGAAUCUGAUUCUGAAGCAGCUCUCAAGAAGGAAUGGAAGACUGUUAAAGCCAAGUGGGAAAAGAAAAUAAAGCCGAAACGUGAAGAUUCUUCUGAUUAAUCUAAAUGUAGAAUAUCAACUUUGAUUUGCAAUUUUAAAAUAUGUUUUUUUUUCUUAAUUCUUUUUUAUUUCGUAAUAUUUCAGUGAUUUCAGAAUUUGUAGUUGAUAAACGGUUAAAAUUCAGUGUUCCGUACUUGAUACAGAUAUUUUCCGCGGAAGUUAAAGAAGUCAAGUAUGAUCAACAUAAAGACUGGCCUCCAAUAUCAUUUGUGAGAUUAAAAUUUCGUGUUAAUUCAACCCAUUUGUACUCGCUAAUAAAAUGAUGUAAAUCUAAGUUA